AUGGCCAAGGUAGGGCCCAAAUGGGAUUACCAUCUCCGAAAGGCUAGUCGCAUCGCACGCAUCUCAUUGGCAAUAAUCCUCCGCGACAGCCGAAUGAGGAGCCGGGGCGGCUGGGAUCCGUACCCCGCUCUCUCCGGCUUUUUCUCCGGGUCCUGGUCUGCAAGCUCAACCCCGUAUCUGGACGAAAGCAUUGCUAGGUAUGGUUUAUGGGUACGGGCGAGCGGGUUGUCACCUCCCGGCUUGACCCAAGAUCCUGAUCAGGAUCGUCGGACCUUAGCCUCCGGAGUGGCCAAGCCCUCCGCCUUUCUCACCCAUUCUCACCCGUUCUCCCAUUAUCAGUCCGGUGUAAAGAAUCUCUCCGAUCAACCGUCCGUAGGACACUCCGUACGACCCUCCGCACAAUCCUCCGCAUUGUUCCUCAAACUUCAAAUGCUCGGUAGCCUCCGUCAGGACUCGGGAAUAUGGGUGACCGACUAUUUUUCCAUCCAACGACCAUCUACCAUCAUCGAAACGACGGUCGACAUCAUACUUCUCUCAUCCUCGAAAACCUUCUUCCCUUCUUGA